AUGUCAUUAUUGAGAAAUGGUGUGCUUGAUGAUGACAAAGAACAAAGUGGAAGAUGGGAAAAUCUGCCUCCAGAAUUGCUUUGGGACAUAAUAAGGAGAUUGGAAGAGACUGAGACAUGUUGGCCUGAACGUGUUAUUCUCUCUUGUGCUUCCGUUUGCAAGUCAUGGAGAGCAAUCACAAAGGACAUUGUUAAGACUCCUGAGCUAUCUGGACGACUCAUAUUUCCCACCUCAUUGAAGCAACCAGGGCCACGAGAUUCUCCAAUCCAAUGCUAUAUUAAAAGGAAGAGAGAAACUUCUAUUUAUUUGCUGUACUUGGGUUCAGAGCCAUCAGAGAAUAAGAAUGACAAGUUGUUGCUGGCUGCCAAAAGAAAACAAAGGAUAAGAAAUACAAAAUAUGUCAUAUCAUUAGUUGCUGAUGACUUUCGUCGGACCAGCAAGACAUAUGUUGGCAAACUCAGGGCUAAUUUCUUGGAUUACAAGUUCACUAUAUAUGACACUCAACCUCCACAUUCCAACAACAACAGUCAAUUGAAUCAUAAAUUGUCUCGAUGUAAGUACUACAACGUUGGCAGUAUUACAUACAAGAUCAACAUGAUUCACAAAUGCAGAGUUCACAGAACCAAAGGUCCAAGAAAAAUGAGCUGUAGCAUCAUGAUGAUGAUGAAGAACUCUAUGACGAUGGAACUUAAAAGCAAGGAUCCCAUAUGGGAUGAACAAUGCCAGCAUUGGCACCUCAACUUCAGACAUCAUGAUACCUUGGCAUCUGAUAAUUUCCAGCUCGUUUCUGCUGCUGAUGAUGAAGAACACGAACAUGAACAAGAACAAGAAGAAAAGGUAAUCUUGGAAUUUGCUAAGAUUGGAGAAGACGUGUUUGUUAUGGAUUACUGUUAUCCACUCUCAGCAUUUCAAGCUUUUGCCAUCUGCCUCAGCAACUUCGAUGCUAAACCAACCUGUGAUUGA